AUGGCAUCCAUCUUCCCUGAGGCCGAAAUCACAGGUACUGAUCUGUCACCUGUUCAACCGACUGAGGUUCCCAAUAAUGUUCACUUUCUCGUUGACGAUGCCACCGAAGAAGACUGGUUAUGGGACGCAGACCACUUCGACUUGAUUCACACAGGCCAUAUGAUUGGUUCGUUCCCAUCCUUCAAGGAUGUCUUGCGCAAGUCAUUCAAGCAUCUCAAACCUGGCGGUUAUAUGGAGUGCCACGAGUUCGACCCUAAGCUCAAAUGUGACGAUGGUACCAUGCCUCCCGAGAAUCCUGAUGGCUUUUGUGAAUAUGCUUUGCUUGAUUGGGUCGAUCUCAAUGUGCGCUCAAGCCAGGUUACAGAUCCCCCAAGACAAUUUCGCAUCGCUCAUCGUAUUGCGCGCUGGAUGAAAGAAGUCGGUUUCGUCGACGUUCAGGAACGCAUCUCUAAAGUUCCCACCAACCCAUGGCCGGAGGAUCCGCACAUGCGUACAAUCGGCACUUGGAAUGAGACAAACUGGCUAGAGGCUUUGUCCGGAUGGUCCUACAAACCUCUCCUUGCACUGGGGUGGUCGAAGCCGGAGAUAGAAGUUUUUCUGGUUGAUGUGCGAAAAAGCAUUCAGAAUCGUGACGUCCAUAGUUACAUGGACUUCUAUGUGGUAACGGGGAGGAAGCCGCACCCUGGGGAACAAUCCUCCUGA